AUGAACCAGAUUAUUCUCGAUAUAUUAAGGCUUAAUUUCACUGGCAAGACCUCAGUUGAGUUUCCUUUUAAUGAAGAAAUCGAAAUAACUUUGCGUGCAAGACUCAGACAAGCUAGAUUAGCAAAGGUGGAAUCAGAUAAAGAACAACUAAAUAUUCAUUCAAAGCCAGAUUCAGAGCAGGAAAAGGACCCAGAAAUAGAGGUUGAAACAAUGGUUGAAUAUCCACUACCACCAGAAAUACUACUAGGUGAUUAUGGGAUGACAAAUGCAUCGGGUGGUGGAAUAAGUUCCUUACCAAGUGAAACAGUACAAAAUCCAAGAAAUCAUGAGAAUACUAAUGUUGUCACGACGAGAAUUAAGAAGGAUGCUAAAGAUGAAAAAGUUAUACCACCUGGAAAGCCAACUGAAGAGAAAAAUAAAAAGGAGACUAAACAUGUGAUUAGGUUACCAUAUCCUUUGAGAGCAACAAAGAAGGAACCUAGAGAAACAUACUUUGAGAAAUUCAUGACAAUGUUCAAGAAGAUAGAGAGUCAUAUGCCUUUUUUUGAAGCACUCGAGCGAAUUCCCAUGUACAAAAAAUUCAUGGAAGAGGUAAUCGCCGAAAAGAGACCAACAAGAGAGGGAUCGGUAGCCUGGAAGGAGAAGUGUAGUGCAAUAUCACUAGGUAAGAGAAUUCCAAACAAACAGAAGGAUCCUGGAGCGAUAACAGUCACACGCAUUAUAAAAGAGAGAACUUUCAAAAAGGUAUUAAUUGAUUAUGGAGCUAGCGUGAGUCUCAUGCCAUUAUCAAUCUACCACAGGUUGGGUAUUAAAAAUAUCAGUGAUACAAGGACAAAUUUGACAUUUGCAGGUCACUCGAUAAAGAAUGCAUAUGGGAUAACAGAAGAUGUGUUGGUGGGAAUAGGGGAAUUGAGUUUUCCUGUUGAUCUUGUGAUCAUUGACAUACCUAAAGAUGAAGAGACACCUAUCAUUCUUGGUCGAACAUUCAUGCAAACAAGUUGA